CCUUCAACCACAUAACAUCUCUCAAAAUGGCAGCCCCAAAGUUUGUCUGGACCGUUUGUUUGGUGGGGCUAACUCUAGCCCUAACCCUAACCCUGACUGCAAUCGUAGCGGUUGCGAAAAGCAGCCCGAAGGACUUUGUCGAUGCCCACAAUACGAUCCGUGCCGAGUACGGCGUUGGCCCCGUGGCUUGGAACACGACGUUGGCUGAUUAUGCCGAGAACUUCGCGAAGACAAGGGUUGAUACCUGCGAGAUGGAGCACUCCAUGGGACCUUAUGGCGAAAGCUUGGCAGAGGCAUUCGAAUCAACGACGGCGGAGGCCACGGUGAAGUAUUGGGCUAGUGAGAAGGAGUUCUACGACCACAAGGCCAACAAGUGUGUGAAUGAUGAGUGUGGCCAUUUUUUGAAUGUAGUGUGGAAGGACACAAAAUAUAUUGGUUGUGCUGAGGUGAAGUGCAAAAACAAUUAUAUUUUCACCAUUUGCAACUAUUUUCCUCCAGGGGGAUAUCCAGACCAACUUCCUUACUAAACUUGGAAAUGUGUUCAUUGGGAUUGGACCUUCAAUAAAGAGCCAAGAGAAAAAAAAAGGGAGAAAAAAAGAGUUUUGUUGUUAA